AUGACGGCGCGCUUGAAGGAAGCGCAAGCCACGUCCUGCAUGUACGGCGAGCGCGGCUCGGAGGAGAGCCUGGGCGCUAAUCCCACCUGUUCAAUCGACGUCACCGACACACCCCCGAGCUCACCAACACUACAGCCGACAGCAAGCCCUCAGUAUCUAUUUGGCGAUAUACACGAAGAUUCCGAGUACGAUCAAUUAAGCGACGUGUGUGAGCUCGAAGAGAGUCGCCUGCUAUUCAUCCGCCAUCCCGGAGCUGUCCGAAGACGCGCAAUGGCUGCCGACUUCAGCGAAGGGCGCCUAGAGACGUUCGUAGGCAACCCACUGAAAGAGCUGGCGGGCACGCAAAACCAAUAUGUUUCAUACCAAGUCAUUACAAAGUCUUUCCAAAAACCCGAAUUCUCCGUCCGCCGCCGCUUCACCGACUUCGUCUUCCUCUGGAAACAGCUCUCCAAGGAAUACCCGCAAUGCGCCGUCCCGCCGCUACCCGACAAGCACAAGAUGGAGUAUGUGCGUGGGGACCGCUUCGGCCCGGACUUCACUGAGAGACGAGCCCACUCAUUGCAUCGCUUUCUCAAGCGGAUAGCACUGCACCCGGUACUUCGGAGAGCGGUAUUAUUCAUCAACUUUUUGGAGAGCGCCGACUGGAAUCAGCACAUGAAGGGUCGAUCAUCACGAGCCGCAAGCGGGUCAGAACAGGGAGGCGGUGGCUUCGUGGACAGUAUUGCGGAUACGUUCGUCAACACUUUCACCAAGAUACACAAGCCAGACCAGCGCUUCAUCGAAGUCAGUGAGCGAGCCAACAAGCUGAGCGAGGACCUGAACAACGUCGAGAAGGUUACUGUCAAGGUCGCUAGGCGGCAGGGUGACCUAGAAACUGAUUAUGCUGAUCUGGCGACUCAGUGUCAGAAACUGACAACCAUGGAACCUGCUGUAGAAGGCAACCUCACAUCUUUCGCUGCUUCUGUCAAUACCACCUCACAGGGUUUCAAAUCUAUUCGUGAUCACACGGACCAGAAUUAUUUGACCAGUCUUCGAGACAUGGACGCCUAUAUCCAGGCCGUCAAGACUCUUCUGCGAACACGAGAGGCCAAACAGCUCGACUUUGAGCAACUGAGCGAAUAUCUAGCCAAAUCUGCUGCUGACCGCGAUUCGCUGGCCAGCGCAACAGGUUCCGGAAUGGGCGCCUCCGGAUUUCUUCGCUCCAAAGUGGAGGAUUUCCGGGGUAUCGACCACGAUCAAGCGCGUCGGCAACGCGUCCGUAAAUUGGAGGUGGAGAUUGAACGUCUCACGGGCGAAGUGGAGAUGUCAAAGAAGGCCAGUGAGGCAUUCGACGAGCACACGGUCAAGGAAGUUGCCGACUUUGAGCGCAUCAAAGCCAUUGAAUUCAAGGAUACCCUCGGUGAUCUAGCCGACGCACAUGUGGAAUUCUUCCAGGGGACGAUUGAGACAUGGGAGAAGUUCUUGGAGGAUAUGCGGAAAGAAGAGGACCAGCGAAAAGCGGCUGCAGCAUCGUAG